CACAACUGCACCACCACACCGCCGUGCCUUUUCAGCUCAGCCUCCCCGCUGAGCUCACGUCGGAGGAAAGACACAGCAGCGGAGAAACAUGCUGCCGCUCCUGCCGUCUCAUUAACUCAUCCACCCUGAUAAACAAGGCUGCUCAGCGGGCUUCCACACCCUGAACCUUCGGCAGGACCCCCGAGCUGUAGAAGGAGAAUUUUAAAAAUAUAACUGAUUGAAGGCCUGCUGGAUUUUGUGUAGCAGCCAUGGGCAGCAAGACUCUGCCAGCACCAGUCCCUCUUCACCCGUCCCUCCAGCUGGCCAACUACUCCUUCCUCCAGAGCUCCACAGGCCUCCAGCUGCCAGCAGAUCAUUUUCAUAGCAUCUACAGCUUCAGCGCCCUACAUGCCAUCCAUCUUCAUCAGUGGACCCUCGGCUACCCGCCUUUGGCUCUGCCUCGCUGCACCAUUUCAAAGCUGCCUGCCCAGUUCUCCUCCAUGGCCUCCAUCCCCAUAUUCCCUCACCUAUUGCAGCCCAAGCAGGGCUCACCAGGGCUCCUGCAGAGCUCCAAGAACAAGCCCCGCUUUGACUUUGCCAACCUGGCAGCAGCAGCCACCCAGGACGAUCAUCUGAAGGCAGAGGAUCUGAGCAUGACAGGUGCUGCUGUAGCAGCACAGGCUUCAUCUCACCACUCACCCUCAGUUGGCUUGGGAUGCCUCCUGGAUGUGACCAAAAUCUCCUCACCAGAACGCAAGUCCAGCCGAGGCCGACUGCCCUCCAAGACCAAGAAAGAGUUUGUCUGCAAGUUCUGUGGCCGCCAUUUUACCAAAUCCUACAACCUUUUGAUCCACGAGAGGACACACACGGAUGAGAGGCCAUAUACCUGUGAUAUAUGCCACAAGGCCUUCAGAAGACAGGACCAUCUCCGGGACCACAGGUACAUUCAUUCCAAAGAAAAGCCCUUCAAAUGUCAGGAGUGUGGGAAGGGCUUCUGUCAGUCCAGGACUCUGGCUGUCCACAAAACAUUACACAUGCAGGUCAAGGAAUUGAAGCCAGCCAAGAUCAAGUGAUUCACUCUCCCAGCAGGGAAGGGAUGGGGACACUGGAAAAACAUGACCAAAGACAACAACAGGCAAAGAACAACCAAAGACUUUUUCAUUUUAGGUGUAGAAAGAGAGCCCUCUGUUUCUAUGUGAACAGUCCUUAAGAAUGAAAUAUUUUACCAGACAAUUCUUAAAGAAAUAAUAUAGAAAUAAGCCUUAGUGGAGAAGUGUAUGCUUAGUUAUCAAAGCCUGACUUGGCAGAGAACCCAGUGGAGGUGUGGAAUGUGAAAUGGACCUUAAAAAAAAGUAUGGCUGCUCAGUGCAAAUAAUUUGCUCAGAAGCUUAUAAUCCAAAGACUUUAUA